AUGGAUCAUCGAAUCACAAUACACAAUACCGAUAUGAAUAAAGAAAUGCAAACCCAAGCCAUUCACGUGGCCUCGUACGCGCUGGAUCGAUUUCAACAACCAAUCGACGUAGCAGGUUAUGUCAAGCAAUAUUUUGACAGGAAAUUCUAUCCGGCUUGGCACUGUAUAGUUGGCAAACAAUUUGGCAGAAAAGCAGCUCCUGCAGCUGCAUCACAGCAAAAGCACCCGAAAAAAGGGCAGGGAUUUCGUCUGCUGCAUCGCCCUCACGGACAGACUCGACUCCUUUGUCCACGACGUCCAGGCACGGACGGACGGAAUGUGUGGCGCUCAUCCUUUCCGGAUAUGCGUCAGGUUGCAUCGCUCACAAAUUGGGAUUCCCGGAACCCUGAGGAUGUGGAUGUAUCCUGGGGGUUGGUUCGUCAUGGAAUCCAGCAACUCGUACUGGAACUCUCUCCACCUCACCGCCACCGAACACACGCUAUGGGCCCACCGUGGUUUGACCGAGAGCUGUGGGCGUGCCUCCGGCAGCUGAAUAAAGCCUGGUCCACGUACCGUGCAACAGGCGCAGAAUAUGAGGAAUAUCGAUGCAUUCGGAAUCAUUGUACUGCACUAAAAGAAUGCAAGAGAACCAGAUUCGAGGAACGACUAGCAGCGGAUUCAGUACAAGNGCGAUUGUAUGCCUACCUCAGGCGAAGAAUCAGAGCAAUGCCUUGUCUCCCGACUCUCGCCAAAGAUGGGGCACUAGCCGAAAAAGAUGAGGACAAAGCAGAGAUGCUGGCAUCACAUUAG